GAAGCCAAGUCCACGAAGUAAAAAUAUGCCUUUGAAACACCUGACGAGGAAGAAUCUACACUACGUCCGUACACUAUCGUCCCUCCAGCUUCGACCGAGCCCCUCGAAGCUCCACCGCUCUUCCAAGUUCAUGCGCUAUGCUAACCCUCGUUUGCACAUUGCGGCUCUGUCGCCUGCUGCAUAGUUCAUCACCAGCAACCCAAAAUGUCAAAUCCCUUCAAGAUCCUCAUAUUCAGUCGGACGACCGCAUACCGGCAUGAGUCGAUUCCCGCCGGCAUCCGCGCUCUGCACCGGCUUGCUUCCGCUUCCAGCUCAGGACCACACCCCUUCACGGCCGACGACACCGAAGACGCGUCCAUCUUUACCCCAGUAUCUCUAGCAGCAUAUCGCGUCAUUGUCCUUCUGCAAUGCUCCGGAGAUAUUUUGGACGACGCCCAGCUGGAUGCUCUGAAGGGGUUUGUGCGGUCCGGCGGCGGCAUCGUCGGUGUCCACUGCGCCAGCUUCGCCAUGCAGUCGUCGGAAUGGUACGGCCGGCUCAUCGGGGGUGUCUUUGACAACCAUCCCGAACCGCAGCCCGGCCGCGUCCUGACCCUGGACCCAAAGCACCCCAUCAUGACCUGCCGGUGCUCACCAGACUCACUGCAAGGAUCUCGGCGAGAUGAUGUGUCGGCCGAGGACUCGGAGCGGACUUGGGUGGAUGAGUGGUAUAACUUCAAGGUACACCCGCGGGAGACAUCGGACGGUCGCCUGCAUGUGCUGCUUGCUGUGGACGAGAAGUCGUACAAGGGCGGAGUGCACGAAGACGACCACCCCGUUUCGUGGUGCCAGAGCUUCGACGGGGGGCGGUGCUUCUACACCUCUCUUGGCCACUUUGACGAGGCGUAUGAGGACGACUGGUUCAUGGGGCAGAUACUUGGGGGGAUACUAUGGGCCGCUGAGACGUCCUGAAGACAAGUACGACAUAAGGUUACCUCCAGGUUUCUUUCAAGUCGUCU